CAUACCACUGUGUGUAAUCCUGGAGUCUGUCUCUGCGAUGCCGCCCCAGUGCUCCAGGGUACUUGUUUCACUUCCUAAACUUAACCUUACUCUGCCCUGAGAAAUUGUUUCUUUUUUCUGUGGUGGGUGUUGUUUUGAGACAGGUUUUUGCUAUAAAGCUCUGGCUAGCCUGGUACUAGAGAUGUAACUCUCGUUGGCCUUGAACUUGUGACAGUCCUUCUGCCCCAGUCUCUUAAGUGUUAGGAUUGCAGGAGUAUGCAGUGUGGGGCUUUACACAUGGCAGGCAAAUCCUCUAACACUGAGCUAUGUAUCUAGCUUAUGGUUUCUUAGGAUUGAAAAAAAAAAACAAAAAAAAAAAAACAUGGCGCUACACAGCACUGUGCUGUAUUGUCGCCCCUAUAUUGACAAAUUGAUAUAUUUCCUCUUGCUUCUCUUGGGUCCCUGGUUAAACUCCCCGUAUUCUCGUCUAAAAAAACAAGUCUUUCUUAUCUAAGAUUCCUGAACUUUAUGAUGGCGUAGUGGCACAGACUUUUAAUAACAUCACUUGGGGGCGGGGCAGAGUCAGGUGAAUCUCAAGUGAGUUCAAGGUCAGCCAGGUCUAUGUAGUGAGUUCCAGGACUAUGUAGAAAGACCCCGUGUCUUUAAAAAAAAAAAAAAAAAAAAUUAGAUCCCUGAACUUCUGGUACGUCUCAUGACUGUAUCGUUGGUGCUGUCCCAGGAGUGACUCCACACAAAAUUGUAGGCCUCUCCCAGCUCAGCUCCCACGUGUUGCUGUCUGUUAACCCACCUCAGGUGACAGCUGGCGAAUAUCUUUCCUGGGAUCCGAAUUCUGAAGGUGUCCAGACCAUCAGUGGGGGUGGCACAUCUUGGUCCUAGUGUGAGAUCGGGGACUCCAGCAGUCAGAGGAGGAAGAAAUGCUGGAAGCCUUUUCCAGACAAGAUUCCUCCUUUGGCUGCAUCUCUUCAGUUCUGUUCAGGGGUCUCAGGUUCAUGAAUUCAGCCAGUGGGUGGAUAAACCCUCCUCUCCUAGACGCACACUUCUGUCUGUGAUAUGUACAUUAGCCCAGUCUGUCUUCAGAAAGGCUUCUACUGACCCUGCUCCCACCAACUGAUAACUCAUCUCCUCCUUCCUUUCAGCGGCGCACUGAAAAGCUCAUGCACUUCAGAGGCAGCCGUGUUCACUUCCUAAUCUAGCACCAUAGCUUAAUACCUUAAGUGAAUUGCAUAGUUUCUCUCUAAGCCUAAAGUCUUCCGGGGACAUGGGAUCGAGGUUUAUUCUUGGAGAGUUAGGGAAAUGUUUGACACUGUGGGGCAUUAUUGUGAGUACUUAAUAAAAAUGGCCCCUUUUUUCUGCUCAUCACACUCCCCCAAAACAAAAGCCCUGGUUUGUGAAAGUUACCAGGUACAGGAAAUUUAAGAGUUCCAGCAAGCUUUCUGUUACUUUUGGAAACACUAAGCCUCUUAUCACUCACUACUUACUCCUUGGCUCCCUACCCAACUCCAUUCAUUCUCUCUACUCCUGGGUUUUGAGCUUUGUUUUUCUACAGCUUCAGUGGCCCAUACUCACAGUUCCUUUCUUAGACUAAGAAGUUCUUCUAGAGGACUUUCUUUCCCAUCGAUCAGGGGAUGGGAAUCAAGGGAGAGGUGGACUGAAAGGAGAAGGGCUUGCAGGGGGACCCUGAAAUAAAAAAUUUCGAAGGUUUCCCUUACAGGAAUGUGGAAUGGCCACUAAGAUAACACUAGACCAAUAUUCUUUUUAGAGGACAAAAGGAGUUGAGUGAAAGCAGGGAGGCCGAUGAACCGAGCUUGGUGGGCGGUGGUUUGGGGGGAGAGGUAACGGGGAAAGAAGGAAGACUUGGGGCUGUAAAGAAAAUGGGGAGAGCUCCAUCUUGGGAUCUGCAGCAAGCGCAGUGAGAGCUGAGAGAAGGGGAGUGGGUGUAGGAAAUGUGUGACAAGGGUGUAGGGUAGCACACCUGGAAAGAUGGGAAAUGAAAAGGUGUGGGUGGACUCGCUUCCCCCUUCUGAGUGGUCCUGGGGCGGGCCCUUGUUCCACUCUAGAAUGUCCCUAGAGUUCCCCGGGGGGCUGCGGGACGGGAGGAGCCAGGACGGCGGGCGGGGCCCCGCGAGCUGCUCUGCCUCCGCCUUCGCCUCCACCUCCCGGCGGCGUCCUGAGCGCUCCCGUCGCUGGGCUCCCCUCCCUUCCGCGCUCUUGCAGGAGGGCGGAGCCGGGCCCGCUCCAUUGUGGAGAGGAGGGGAGAAGCGCGCGGGAGCAGAGGCUGGGUCCUGGCGCCAGGGUUUCGCUUCUGGCCGCGGCUGCAUCAGGCGGGCCCCGCAGCCGGGAUGCAGCUGGCGCCCGGGGCUGGCGGGCAGCGCAGCGGCUCCGGGGACAUGUGCGCUGGUUCAGACAGCCCGCGACCAUGAGCCUGACCGCCCGCGUCUCCUGCUCCAUGCUUAGCUGCUUCGGUGAGGAGGGCCCCCCCAGCCUGGAGUACAUCCAAGCCAAGGAUCUGUUCCCCCCCAAGGAACUUGUGAAGGAGGAGGAGAAUCUUCAGGUACCCUUCACAGUGCUACAGGGUGAGGGAGUGGAAUUCCUGGGCCGGGCAGCUGAUGCCCUCAUUGCCAUCUCCAACUACCGGCUGCAUAUCAAGUUCAAAGACUCUGUCAUCAACGUACCCCUCCGGAUGAUUGACAGUGUGGAAAGUCGUGAUAUGUUCCAGUUGCACAUUGCCUGCAAGGACUCCAAAGUGGUGAGGUGCCACUUCUCCACUUUCAAGCAGUGCCAAGAGUGGCUCUCAAGGCUAAGCCGGGCCACAGCAAGACCUGCCAAGCCCGAGGAUCUCUUUGCCUUUGCCUACCAUGCCUGGUGCCUGGGGCUGACCGAGGAGGAUCAGCAUACCCACCUGUGUCAGCCAGGAGAGCACAUCCGAUGCCGACAGGAGGCAGAGCUCAUGAGGAUGGGUUUUGAUCUGCAGAACGUCUGGAGGGUCUCGGAUAUCAACAGCAAUUACAAGCUAUGCCCUAGUUACCCCCAGAAGCUGCUGGUUCCUGUGUGGAUCACAGAUAAAGAGCUGGAGAACGUGGCUUCUUUCCGCUCCUGGAAACGCAUCCCUGUCGUGGUGUACAGACAUCUACGCAAUGGGGCUGCCAUUGCACGCUGCAGCCAGCCUGAGAUCAGCUGGUGGGGCUGGCGCAAUGCUGAUGAUGAAUACCUGGUCACGUCCAUUGCCAAAGCCUGCGCCUUAGACCCAGGGACAAGGGCCAGCGGGGGCUCCCUCAGCACUGGGACCACUGAUGCCACUGAGGCAUGUGACACUGAUUUCGAUUCUUCUCUGACUGCAUGCUCUGGGGUGGAGAGCACAGCAGCCCCUCAAAAGCUGCUGAUCCUGGAUGCACGGUCCUACACAGCAGCAGUGGCUAACCGGGCCAAGGGUGGAGGCUGUGAAUGUGAAGAGUACUACCCUAACUGUGAGGUCGUGUUUAUGGGAAUGGCCAACAUCCAUGCCAUCCGGAAUAGCUUCCAGUAUCUCCGGGCUGUGUGUAGCCAGAUGCCAGAUCCCAGCAACUGGUUGUCAGCACUGGAGAGUACCAAAUGGCUGCAACACUUGUCGGUGAUGCUAAAAGCGGCUGUGUUAGUAGCUAAUACAGUAGAUCGGGAAGGCCGGCCUGUGCUGGUGCACUGCUCUGAUGGCUGGGACCGUACACCACAGAUUGUAGCCCUGGCCAAAAUAUUACUGGAUCCAUAUUACAGGACCCUGGAGGGCUUCCAAGUGUUAGUGGAGUCUGAUUGGCUGGAUUUUGGGCACAAGUUUGGAGAUCGCUGUGGCCAUCAGGAAAAUGCAGAGGACCAAAAUGAACAGUGUCCUGUGUUCCUGCAGUGGCUCGAUUCUGUUCAUCAGCUGCUUAAGCAGUUCCCCUGCCUGUUCGAAUUCAAUGAAGCAUUUCUGGUAAAACUGGUGCAGCACACAUACUCCUGUCUCUACGGCACGUUCCUGGCCAACAACCCCUGUGAGCGAGAGAAGCGAAACAUCUAUAAGCGGACAUGCUCUGUGUGGGCACUCCUGCGAGCUGGCAACAAGAACUUUCAUAACUUCCUCUAUACACCUGGUUCAGACAUGGUCCUGCACCCCGUGUGUCACGUCCGGGCCCUGCACCUCUGGACAGCUGUUUAUCUCCCUGCAUCAUCUCCAUGCACACUUGGAGAGGAAAAUAUGGAUCUUUACCUUUCCCCAGUGGCUCAGAGCCAGGAAUUUACUGGCCGUUCUCUGGACAGGUUACCUAAAACCAGAUCCAUGGACGAUCUUCUUUCUGCCUGUGACACGAGCAGCCCCCUCACCCGUACAUCCAGUGACCCUAACCUCAAUAACCACUGUCAGGAGGUCAGAGUCAGCCUGGAGCCCUGGCACAGCAGUCCUGAAGGAGCAGAGACCGUCUGCAUAGAAUCUGGGGUAGGAGGCCCACAGCUGACUGUGGGAGACGUGGGCCUCUCUCCUCCCCUGCCCAGUAGCCAGAAAGACUACCUGAGCAAUAAACCUUUCAAGGGUCACAAAAGCUGUUCUCUCAGUUAUAAAUUGCUUAAUACUUCUGUGCCCUGGGAGAUGAAGAGCAACACCUCUGAGAUCAAAGUCCUGGAAGAGACUGAGGCGCUGGCCCCAGACCCUCCAGCCCAAGAGGAGCAGAGUAGGACUUGUGGUGGCAUAGGAAAACCACCUGAACAGUGUCCUGCAAAGGAACCUGUCAGUGCACUCUCUGAUGUUCCCAGCAAGUGUGGCGGAGCCUGUGGGCUUCCUGAUCCUCCCCAGGAUUCCCUUACAGGUUCUCCCAAACAGGUCCAUCUAGACUCUGUGCAGCCUGUGCCCACACGGUGUACUCCAGAUCACAGUCAGGGUAGCCUUUGCAAUCCACCGAGUGCUGCCAGCCAAACUCCUCAAGAGCCAAAUACUGACCUCUUCAGCCAAGAUACCCCUGGGUCUACAGCAACUAUCUCCCACCAGGAACAGCCUACUUCUGUGCCAGAUCUGAGCUACAAGAAGGAAGAUGCUGGCAGGAGAGGAAGCAAGAACGGGCAGUUGUUAGAAAAUCCUCGCUUUGGGAAAAUGCCAUUGGAGCUGGCCCGAAAGCCCAUUUCUCAGAGCCAGAUCAGUGAGUUCUCAUUUUUAGGGUCGAACUGGGACAGCUUCCAAGGGAUGGUGACUUCAUUCCCAAGUGGAGAGACCACUCCUCGGCGACUGCUUGCUUAUGGCUGUUGUAGCAAGAGGUCGAGCAAUAAGCAUAUUCGAGCUGCAGGGCCCUGCUCUGGGGGCCAGUGGGCUCAGAGAGAAGGCACGAAGUCACCUGUCUGUCCUAGUCAUUCCAGUGGACACUGUGCAGGCCCAGGAGGAAAGAACAGCCGUCUGUGGUUGUCCAGUCAUCCAAAGCAAGUCUCCAGCACAAAGCCUUCUCUUCUGAGCUGCCCUUCUCCAGUGCCUCCUCUCUACCUGGAUGACGAUGGACUCCCCUUUCCCACGGAUGUGAUCCAACAUAGGCUACGGCAGAUCGAAGCAGCGUACAAGCAAGAGGUAGAACAGCUACGGCGACAGGUUCGAGAGCUUCAGAUGAGGCUAGACAUCCGUCACUGCUGUGCCCCUCCAGCAGAGCCCCCCAUGGACUAUGAGGAUGACUUUACGUGUCUAAAGGAGUCAGAUGGCAGUGACACUGAAGACUUUGGCUCUGAUCACAGUGAAGACUGCCUUUCAGAAGCAAGCUGGGAACCCGUUGACAAGAAGGAAACUGAGGUGACUCGCUGGGUUCCAGACCAUAUGGCAUCACACUGCUAUAACUGUGACUGUGAGUUCUGGUUGGCCAAACGAAGACAUCAUUGCAGAAAUUGUGGGAACGUAUUUUGUGCUGGAUGCUGCCACCUUAAGCUGCCCAUUCCUGAUCAGCAACUCUAUGACCCAGUUCUCGUCUGUAACUCUUGUUACGAACACAUUCAAGUAUCUCGUGCCAGGGAACUCAUGAGCCAACACCUGAAGAAACCCAUUGCUACAGCUUCCAGUUGAAUGCCAGAGGAGAUGAUCUGUCCAUUUUUUAGCAGGUUUGAAGGGAGGAUCUGCUUCAGGUGUAGUCUGGAAGGUUCCUUGGUAUGGCUCAUGAACACAGAGCUCAAAGAUACCGUCUUGAGAAAUCCUCCUUGGUACCAUGUGACUGGAGCAGAGGAAUUUGAAUUUGGCAGGAGAUUUUCUACUGGAGAGACCCUCACUUUGGGGUAAUGGUUCUGAUCCAGACCCAGAGUAUGGAGGCUUCACACUGAGUUGGUGACUCCAGCGUCUAUCUCCUGGAGGUCACGAGAUGAUUCAUAAAUAUUGUCUGGUGCACAGUGCCCAAACAGCAAUAGAAAGGCAUACUUCUAACCAAACUCCAAGUGAUAAUGAGACCCGUCUCUCCUCCAUCUUGAAAAGAGCAGAUUAUAGUAUCUGAGAUAGGAACUCCCAUCCUGUUUGAGACGAACUCUAUUCUGUACCUCUGUGCUCUGUGUAUGUGCAUGAAGGCUCAGUCUCUUAGAGGCACUUCCUCUAGUUGCAUUAGUUCCGUCUUCUGUGGAGUUUGGUUCAAAGACUGGUUUGGCAAAUGGAGGUUUUGAUGUAUUUUCCACCUGGCUCACUGGCUAGCAUCAGCGAAUAUUCGGUUUUAGAGGGACAGUUCUAAGGAUUAAGACAUUUGGAAACAGGAAAACUCUGGUGAUAUUUAAUCUUGGCGAAAAUCAGUUAUUUGGAGCUGUGAAGGCUGUUGUCACUCUUACGCAGUAGCUGCUCUUGAGGUACGCACUGUGAAGAAUGAGAAAGGAAAAACAAAAUUAUCCUUGUGAAAUUCUGCUGACUGUGCCCUACCCUCUGCACCUGACUUUUCCUAGUUGUCCUGGUGCUAACAUGGGAGCUACACCUUGAUCCUCUCCUGGCAUGAAAAUCAAGGAUUCUGUUGUUCCACUGCCCACUUCCCCCAUGUUGUCUUUCCCUUGGCCGCUGCCUCCUCUGGGUCACACUGCUUCUUAUCCUGAACACUUGACACCUUGAGGGUAGAAUAUAGCAUUUGGUUUUUACCUCCUAGCAUAUGCUACUUGGUAUGUGAGGGUUUCAGUACAAAUGCUGCUGUCUAUUUUUGUGCACUUAACAAUGGAACCCAAACAGAAAGAAGAAAGCCUUGAUACCAAAACUGGGAGUGAUGAUGUGUCCAUUUGGACCAAACAUUUUGUUUUGUUUUAUUUUGAUUUUGUUUUCCAUCUUACUAUGUACCAGUGGCACUUAACCAAAAGAUACAGUAAUAUAGCCAUGUACUGUGGUUGGGACAGAUACAGUCUCCUUGGCUUAUAGUGAAAGCGUUAGGAUUUCCUUUCUAUGUUUUCCUUAAUUCAUUGAUGUAGAAAAGAUAAUUGCAUACUCUGUGUUAAAACUACAGCAGUUGUCUUUCUCACUGCUACUGUAAUGUUGCUUUCUAGAAAACAUUUUCAUUCCAAACUAACCAGAACCUACAUUUAGAAUAGGAAUUACUUAUCCUGACCUUUUCUUCAGUUCUGCAGUGAGGCAUCUGUGCUCCUUUUAUACUUGCCAUGGAUGUAACCUAAAAAGUUUUGGCAUAUUUAGGUCAGCCUAGCAGAUUUUUUUUUAUUCAUUUAAAUGGAGCUGAAUAAUGGAGAUUUUGUGUCUGAGAAAUUCCUAAGAUCAAUGAAAGAGUGACAAACUAUUUGUCUCUGAUACAUAAAAUUAUUUUAAGCAUUUUCUCAAUCAUUAAAAUUUACUGCCAGUCAUGAGUGGCUUUUUAAUUACCAAUUUUCAUUGCACUUCACUCUGUUUUCAGGGGGAUCGAUAACAUUUGGGGAGACUGUAUCUGUCUACUUUGUGUGACUGUUUUGAGGGACUGUCCCAUCAGUGAACAAACUGCAUGGCCUUGGAGAGAGACUCCGGGCUUCUAGCUCAGAUGUGUUCAUCCUUUCAGAGCUGUUGUGGGUGUAAGUGACAUGAUGUGGCCAAAAAUCCAAACUGUGCAGUCGCGUUGUGACAAACAUGCAAUGUGCUGUAAAAACUCAAUACAGUUUAAAUAAAAUCUCUAUAUUAGUG